ACCUGAAAUAACAAAGUUACCCUCUCUAUGAAUAAUUGAAUUAUGAGAGCGCACACACUUCCCCUCUUCUUUCUCCUUUGAUCGCUGAGUAAUCUGAUCCCGGAGCUCGGGACUGAUCUAUUCGACAUUAAUUAGGGUUUCCAAUUUGAAUCCCUAAUUUCACCUUCAUCACAAAUUCAAACAUGUCAAGCCCCAAGAAAAAGAUGGAAAAUAAGGGCUUUUUCGCUUCGAUGACUUCUAGCUUAUCCGUCUUUAGUAACGCUAUGCAUAGAUCUGUCAACGGGUUAAUUGGUUAUGAAAAUCUGGAAGUCGUAAAUCCCGAGGGAGGUAAGGAUGAUGCUGAGGAAGAAGCACAGAGAGGAAGGUGGAAACAAGAGGAGAGAGAUAGCUACUGGAAAAUGAUGCAGAAGUAUAUUGGAUCUGAUGUAACAUCAAUGGUGACGCUGCCUGUUAUAAUCUUUGAGCCUAUGACUAUGCUGCAGAAAAUGGCUGAGUUAAUGGAGUACAGCCACCUGUUAGAUCAGGCUGAUGAAUGUGAAGAUCCGUAUAUGCGAUUGGUGUAUGCCGCAUCUUGGGCAAUAUCUGUGUACUAUGCUUUUCAGCGCACCUGGAAGCCUUUCAAUCCCAUUCUUGGUGAAACCUAUGAGAUGGUCAAUCAUAAUGGGAUAACAUUUCUUUCAGAGCAGGUGAGCCAUCAUCCUCCUAUGAGCGCUGGACAUUGUGAAAAUGAGCAUUUUAUAUAUGAUGUGACAUCGAAGCUGAAGACAAAAUUUUUAGGCAACUCCCUUGAUGUGUAUCCCGUUGGAAGAACCCGUGUGACUCUCAAAAGAAGUGGUGUAAUGUUGGAUUUGGUUCCCCCUCCUACUAAAGUUCAUAACCUAAUAUUUGGUCGAACAUGGGUGGAUUCACCGGGCGAGAUGAUACUGACUAAUUUAACUACAGGAGAUAAAGUUGUGCUGUAUUUUCAACCAUGCGGAUGGUUUGGGGCUGGUCGAUAUGAGGUGGAUGGUUAUGUUUAUGAUGCUAAUGAGGAGCCUAAAGUAUUGAUGACCGGCAAAUGGAAUGAAUCGUUGAGCUAUCAACAAUGUGAUGUGGAAGGGGAACCUCUACCUGGCACAGAACUGAAAGAGGUCUGGCACGUGGCAGAUACCCCGAAAAAUGACAAACAUCAAUAUACUUACUUUGCCCACAAGAUAAACAGUUUUGACACAGCCCCCAAGAAGUUAUUGGUGUCAGAUUCUCGUUUACGACCUGAUAGAUAUGCUCUUGAGAAAGGUGAUCUAGCUAAGUCUGGUGCAGAAAAAACCAGUUUGGAGGAGAGGCAAAGAGCAGAAAAGAGAAACAGAGAAGCCAAAGGUGACAAUUAUACUCCAAGAUGGUUCAAUCUCACCGAAGAGGUUGCGACUACCCCGUGGGGUGAUAUGGAGAUUUAUCAGUACAAUGGUAAAUACACUGAGCAUCGGGAAGAAAUAGAUAGGUCCGACGUCGUUGAGCUAGAAGAUGUGGAGACCAAGGAGUUCAACCCGUGGCAAUAUAAUGAUUUAUCGGCUGCAUGAGUUAUUUUGUGCACCGUCGUCUAAACUGCAAAUUAUUGGAGUGGCAUGAAGAAUAUGUCCAAAGGAUGAUAAUGUCUUCACUGCCAGACAAUCUAAAAGAAACCCAGCAGUAGAUAGAAAAUUGUGUCCUGCAUUUCAGAUAUGUAUAACUCAUGUUCAAGAAGAUGAUUUCUUCAGACAAAAUCGACCGAGACCAUUAUAAGCAUUCCCCCCAUGGUAUGCUUGCUCAGCCCUGUUUGCCAUUUGCUUCAAGUCGGUUCGGUGUAUUCAGAAUAGGUCCAUCUAUAAGUUGUUACCCUUAUAUUUUUGUGCGUAUUGCUUGUUUGAUUCUGUACUCAUAGACUCAUAGUUGGCUCUGAAGUCCGAAUACAUAAGCUUCUGUUCGACAUUAUUAUUGCUUACAAAGCUUUUAGUGUUUAGUUGUAUGAAGCAACUACUGUUUAAAAAAAAUCCUUGUUCAAUCUUCGUUUUGA